AUGAAUGCAGCUUUGCAAUGUUUUCCUCAAGUCCACUUCGAAGGACUUCUUCGCACAAUUCAACAGUCUUCCCUACGCUGCAAUCCUCCUUCGGUUUCCGAUGAGACCACAUCACGAAUUCCUUCGAAAUGGAGAGUCCUGUCACAACAUUUCAUUGAGGAAUUCUUCGAAACCCAGUAUUUUCUCACAACCACAGAGGCGUGCCACCGACAGUCGCGCAAGCGAGGUGAUCAGCUUGUCGAUGUGGAGCCCAGAGGAAUGCGCUGUUGUCUGAUAAACGGCUGGACUUGA